AUGGCACGGCCUCUUUCUCAAACCCUAAUAAGAACCGCCGCCGCUCCCUUCUCCUCCUCCGCCAUCACCUCCCAUUUAUCCGCCACAAUUAAACCUAAAAUCAUCCGCCGCCAUCUGUUUAGCCUGGCGGAUAGAAACUCUUAUAUAGAGCUUUCUCAGCUGGAGGAGGAGGCCAGGGUAGUGAAGAAGAUAGAGGACGCUAUACACACCAUCAUAGUCAAGAGAUCUAGACCCGAUUGGUUAACGUUUGUACCCGGAGCUUCGUACUGGGUCCCACCGAUUCGGCACUCAUACGGCGUUGCCGAAAUUGUUCACCAACUAUCUAACCCCCUCACGGAGGAGCAGUUUAACUCGCUCACCACCUUCCAGGGAUGGCCUUCCUCUGCUUUCUACCUUAGGCAUGGACCAGUCACGGAGUAG